AUGUUAUCAGUAGUAAUUUUUUUUGGACAAUAUAUUGAAGCAUGGAAAUCAGAAAUAAGAGUUCACUUAUUUCAUUUAACACGCCGUAGUGAUAAUUCAGAUUGUUUUCCAGAAAGAGGCUUUAGCUGUGAUUUGUGUACAACGAGAAAUCGAGUUUUCACAAAAAAAAAACGAAUAUGUAAACAAACUGUGAAGAAAAUUGUUUCUGUACCACUUAGUCUUUAUAAAACAUCAGGUGGUGUUAAUGAAAAUUUUAUACAAUAUUGUCAAAAAAAAUUUAGCUCACGUCCAAUUAUUAUUGAUGGUGAUGAUGAUGAUGAUGAUGAUGUGGCUGUAAAAUUGAAAUGGGCUGGUGCAAUGGAUGAUUUGAAUAAACUAGAAUCAAAAUUCUCACGUGUGUUUGAAGAACAUAAUGAAAUAUGUGUAUUUGUUUAA